AUGGCUAAAAAUCUCCCGAACUACGGAGAACGUCUUGUCAUAACUCUGAUUGAUGAUAAUGCGAGGGUAGAGUCUUCCAAAGAAUGUUUUUCAACGCCACGUACCAACGCAGCUGAAGAUGGUUGGGUCCCAAUUUCAUGGGCUCGAUACGCAAACGCUAUCAAUCGGGUCGCUCAUGGCAUUGUUAAAGCCUGUGGUCAUGGUAAAGAAGACACGUUCCCAACAAUUGCAUAUAUCGGGCAAAAUGACGCUCGGUAUCUGGUCUUCAGUGUCGCCGCCUUGAAAGCGGGCUACAAGGCGCUCUUCAUCUCCCCUCGCAACUCAGAUGAGGGACAGCUGAAUCUUUUUAAAUUGACCGACUGCCAAAUCAUUUACCAUGACACCUCUUCUGCUCAGCACGUUGCUGUUUGGCUUCAGAAGCGACCCAUGAAGGCAGUUGUUAUCGAGUCACUUUGGGACUGCUUCAGCGAGGAGAAGGUUCCUCAUUUCCCCUACAAAAGGGACACCAAGAAGGCGAAAUGGGACCCUUUCGUUGUUUUGCAUACUAGUGGAAGCUCGGGGCUGCCAAAACCUGUCAUUGUGCGACAGGGCGCAUUGUGUUCGACCGAUCUGCUGCACGCCCUUCCUGACCUGCAGGGAGCUGAAGUCUUCAUGAGAGGGUAUUCCCAAUCAAAGAAAUGUUUUCUGCCAAUGCCGCUAUUCCAUGCGAGUGGCUUUUAUGGCUUCUUCGGUGGGCUUUUUUGGGAUCUUGUGAUUGCACUCCCCCUGAGCUCCGCUAUGUUCACAGCAGAUCUCGUCCUUAGUGUUAUUAAAAACUCCGGUUGCGACUCACUGUUUCUUCCCCCUUCAAUUUUGGAGGAGUUGAGCACCAGAGAAGAAGCCGUGGAAACCUUGAAAAAGUUGAAAUUCGUAGGGUUUGGCGGUGGUGAGUCCAUCAGUGUUUGGGAUUUUCUCACACGUGUCUUUACUAAUAUUCCAAUGAACCGUAUAGGCAGUUUAGCUCCCGAAGCAGGAAGGAAUCUAGUGCAACGCGGAGUCUUUCUUCACAAUGCCAUUGGGUCAACUGAAGUUACCACAAUGCCAUACUACUGGCAAGAAAACAUGGAGCUCUGGGACUGGCAUAUCAUUGACAGCGCGGCACUGGGUGCCGAUUGGCGACCGGUUCCAAGUGAAGGUGACAAUGUUUAUGAGCUUGUCAUUCUGCGACAAAGCGAGGAGCCCGGAUUGCAGGCAGUGUUUUAUCACAUGCCCGAUCUCAACGAGUUCAGCACACGAGAUCUGUUCAUCAAGCAUCCUACGGAAAAGAAUCACUGGAAAUACCAUGGCCGUAUCGAUAACAUUAUUGUAUUCUCCAACGGAGAGAAGCUCAAUCCGCUCCCAAUCGAGGAAGCAGUCAUGGGACAUCCGAAGAUUAGAGGCGCCCUGGUCGUGGGGGACUCUAAGCUCCAACCAGCGCUUCUGCUGGAACCCAUGUCUUAUCCUCGGACAGAAAAGGAAGCAUCCGAGUUACUCGACGAAUUGUGGCCGUUGGUUUCAACAAUCAACAAAACGAACGCAGGCUAUGGGCGGAUCAGCCGGCGGCUUGUCGCUCUCUGCAUCUCGCAAAAACCCUUGCCUCGAUUGGACAAGGAUACCAUUAACAGAAAUCGCGCCGUCGACAUAUAUUCGACGGAAAUUGAUCAGCUGUACCAAAGCGCGACUGACUGUACUCUGGACAUUAGUAACUGCGACGUGCUGCAGGACUCAAUUGUCUCUGUUUUGCAUAGUGCGGGAGCCCAACAAUUGAAAAGGGACACUGACUUUAUCUCUGCAGGACUUGACUCACUGCAAGUCUUGGAAGUAACCGCAUUGGUUCGCGGAGGCUUGAAGGCUGCAGGCAUAAAAGUGCAGCCUGAAGCUAUUCAGCCUCGCCAUAUAUACGGGAACCCGUCGGCAGUCAAACUCGCCAAGUAUCUAUUCUCAGUCGUACAAGGAGACGUCGACCAAGACGAGCAUUCUAGACAAGUCGCUGUUAUGAAGGAACUCCUGUCCAAGCACACGCAGAACCUACGUGCUCGGGCAGAAGCCAAGCCGGAACCCAGAGACACGGAACAGACAGUCAUUCUUACCGGAAGCACUGGAAGACUGGGGUCCUACCUGCUGCAUUUGAUGGCAGCAAGCCCCCGUGUGAAAAGAGUCAUCUGUCUCAACCGUACAAGGGAUGGUCGAACUCGACAAAUGCAGCAGAGCGCACAUCAUGGCUUGAACACGAGCUUUGAAAAGGUGGACUUUUUCCAUUCCGAUCUCUCCAACGCUGACAAUCUUGGUCUCAACUGGGAAACAUUCGUCCACAUCUUGGGCGAGGCUGAUCGGAUCAUCCACUGUCAAUGGCCGAUGAAUUUCAAUCUCCCAGUCGAAUCCUUCGACAUGCAGCUGAAGGGGGUCCGAAACCUGGUAGAAGUAAGUGCUCAAGCAGACAGAGCAGUACCGGUCAUCCUCAUAUCAAGCGUGCUUGCCGCCAUCGGACCAGAAGCAGCAGGCGUUGACGGAGACAAUCCAUUACCAACGACAGGGUACGGGUGCAGUAAACUCAUCGCAGAGCGCAUCCUGAUGGAGACGGCUACCGCGAGCAGCGUACCGAAAGCCGUGAUCAGGGUCGGGCAAAUCGCUGGAUCUGAGACCGAGGGAAUCAACGGUGGCGGCAUCUGGAGCAAGCAGGAAUGGGUGCCCAGCAUUAUCGGCUCCUCAGUUCAAAGCCUCGGCGUUCUUCCUCGCGACACGGGCGCGAUGAAUACCAUCCAGUGGCUGCCCGUCGACCGAGUGGCUUCGAUCGUGCUGGACGUCGCCGGGGUCUCUUACAAAACCCCAAUAGCACAAAUCGAAGGCUACUUCUAUUGUGUCAAUCCUCACAAGACGACGUGGACAAAUUUGGCGGUCUCGAUCGCGCAAUAUUAUGGACAGCGCAUUCGAGGGCUCCUGGAUUGGGAGGAAUGGCUCGAGGUCCUCGAGAAAAGCUCUGAGAAUGGUCUUGGAGGUAAUCCGGCUGCCAAACUACUCGACUUCUUCAAGUACCACAUCAACAGCGUGGAAGGUGCCCAAGAACGGCUAUCAUAUCUCAUGGAGAAGGACCUGGAGAGAACGAUGAUUGCUAGCCAAACUUUGGCAGAGACUAAAGCUAUAUCUUCGGAGCUUAUGGCUAAAUGGUGCUCUCAGUGGGCCUUUUGA